AUGGAUUCCAGCAACAACAAUUACUGUGAUAAGGUGGUCUUCAAGUCUGUCCUCUUCAACGUCUUCAAAGAUGGCCGCUUCGUACUAAGAUUUCCCGACGCCACGGGACAAAAAGUCCCUCCCUUAGACGACCUUGCCACCGGCGUCAAAAUAAAAGACGUACAAAUUUCUCCGGAAGUCUCUACUCGGAUCUUCUUACCACGAGUCGAGUGCACAACUACGACCAUUAAUACGUGUAACAAACUCCCACUUCUCCUCUAUAUACAUGGAGGUGGAUUUUGCAUGGAGUCCGCCUCCUCCAAGGUAUACACACGCUACGUUAGUAAUCUUUCAUUUGAAGCUAACAUAAUUGUUGUCUCAGUUGAGUACAACCUUUUCCCUACACGUGCUCUCCCUGCAUGUUACGAAGAUUCAUGGGCCGCCCUUCAGUGGGUGGCGGCCCAUGAAAAGGGGUGUGGGCCUGAUCCUUGGAUCAACCACCACGCCGAUCUUCAACGGGUAUUUGUAGGUGGAGAUUCCGCCGGAGGAAAUAUUAGUCACACGGUCCUAGCUCGUGUGGGGCCCACGAGGAAACUUGGAGAAAGUGUAAGGGUAGAGGGGAUGAUUUUAGGUCAUCCUUAUUUUGGGAUAGGAGGGAGGGACGAGGAAAUGUGGUUGUAUAUGUGUCCUACAAACGAAGGGCCUAAUGACCGUAGAUUGAAGCCUACCCUAGAGGAUUUGGGUAGGCUCGGGUGUGGGAGGGUGUUGGUGUUGGUGGCGGAGAAUGACCCUAUGAAUGUUGCCGGGAAAAGGUAUGUGGAGAAUUUGAUUAAAAGUGGAUGGAAAGGAAUGGUGGAGAUUGUGGUGAACAAAAAUAAGAAUCAUUGUUUUCAUUUAUACAAACUUGAUGAUCCUGAGGCUAUUGCUAAUAUGCGACGGAUAACUUCCUUCAUACAUCAUCGUAAUAAUGAUGUUAAGGAUAUUAAGCAACUAAAUUCUCACCUCCAUUCUUGUCUCUAAUCUUCCUUCAUUUCAUUCACAUCUAAUUCGAUCCUAUAUAUUGUGAGUGUGUGUAUAAGCUG